AUGGCGGCCGCGCCGGCGGCCGGCGGCAGCGGCGCCGGCGGCGCCGGCGGCCGGCGGCAGCGGCCGCGCCGGCGGCAAGCAAAGGUAGUGGUGGUAUGGGAGGAGGUUAUGGGCAGUAGCGGUGGCGGUGGCGGUGGUCGAGGAGCCUUGGGUGGUGAAGGUGUCGGAGGAGGUAGUGACUUGGAUGGUGGUGGAGGCGGAGGCAUAGGAGGCAUGGGUGGUGGAGGUGUCGAAGGAUGUUGUGACUUGGCCAAUGGUGGCGAUGGAGGCAUGGGUGGUGGAGGUAUCGGAGGAGGUGUUGACUUGGCCGGUGGUACCAAUGGAGGAGGCGUGGGAGGUGAAGGUGUCAAAGGAGGUGGUGACUUGGCCGGUGGUUGGGGUGCAUGA